UUAAAUAAAUCUAACAAAAAAAUGAUUGUAACAAAAUUACGGGAAACUUUUGGUAUAGAGUGGAAAAAGAAUAUUAUGGAUCUACUAAACUAUAAAAUAAUUAAAACUGGAGGCAUUUAUUUAGCAUCUCUAAUGGCAGCAUAUGCUUUUUAUCAAUGGCGAGAGGGACCCUAUUACAAUAAAGCCUAUAAGCUAAAGGGUAAAGUUGCUAUAGUAACCGGUUGCAAUACGGGUAUAGGUAAAGAAAUUGCCUUGGAAUUGGCGCGUAGAGGUGCAAAAGUCUAUAUGGCUUGUCGUAAUUAUGACAAAUGUGAACAGGCGAGAAAUGAAAUAAUUACAGAAACCGGAAAUCUUGAUGUAUUUAAUCGUACUUUAGACUUAGCUUCUUUAGAGUCCAUUAGACAAUUUGUUCGAGAUUUCUUGUUGGAAGAAACUCACUUGGAUAUACUCAUCAAUAAUGCUGGAAUAUGUUGUGUAAAACGUAGCCUAACUGUCGAUGGUUUCGAACAGCACUUGGGUGUUAAUCACUUGGGACACUUUCUGUUAACAAAUUUAUUAUUGGAUAUUUUGAAAAAAUCUGCUCCUAGUCGUAUAGUAGUGAUGUCAUCGAUUAUACAUUAUGUGGCCUCCAUUAAGAAGGAAGAUUUAAAUAGUGAACAUCAUUACAAUAAAAUGUUGGCUUAUGCUCAAAGUAAAUUGGCCAAUAUAUUAUUUACACGCAAAUUAUCACAACUACUCCAGGGAUCUGGAGUUACUGUUAAUUGUUUACAUCCUGGAGUGGUGAGAACAGAUUUAUGGCGUAAUGAAGCUAUAUUGGAUUUACUAAAUAUUAUGUUUAGUUGGUUACUUUUACGUUCCCCAAAAGGUGGAGCACAAACAGCUUUAUAUUUAGCCAUCGAUCCGGAGCUAAAGGACAAAAGUGGUGAUUAUUAUAAUAGAAUGAAAAAGACUGAAGUAGCAGCGAAGGCAAAGGAUGAAGCAAUGGCGGAUUGGUUGUGGCAAGAAAGUGAAAAAUUAGUGGGUUUGAAUACGGAAAUUUAAAGAAUUAUGGAAUAACACACAGAUGUUUAAUAAAAAUUUUGAAAA